ACAAACAAGUGGACUCCCAGGAGCUGGCCCUGCUAGUCCCCUGGGCCCUCCUUCCCUGGUCCUGCAGGUCUUGCUGCUUGUCAGGCCUCUCCUCCAACCCUCUGCCACAUGUCAGAAAAGCUGAGAACCCCUUGUAGUGAAAAAGGAGGAGAAACACAGUGUUCAUAGCCAGCAGGAGGUUAAAUAAAUACUUUCACUUCUCUUUUCCCCAUUUGGGCGGAGCCCUUUCUGAGUCAGUCUGUCGGCUGACUUCCUGCUUGGGGCCUGGGCAGCCACACUGCACACAGGCUGGGCCCACGGAGGGGCUCAGAGGCCAGGCUCUGAGGCCCAGGCAGGGCCUAGGGUGAGAAGAUGGCAGAUGGUGGCGGCGACCUGAGCACCAGGAGUCUGAAUGAAUGUAUUUCACCAAUGAGAUGAACCAUCUUCCUGCACACAGCCAUAGUUUGCAAAGGAUGUUCACAGAAGACCAGGAUGUAGAUGAGAGAGUUCUCUGUGAUGCUGUAUUCAAGCACUUCAAAAGAUAUAAGGUGGAGAUUUCAAAUGCAAUAAAAAAGACAUUUCCAUUCCUUGAGGGCCUCCGUGACCGUGAACUCAUCACAAAUAAAAUGUUUGAAGAUUCUCAAGAUUCUUGCAGAAACCUGGUUCCUGUACAGAGAGUGGUGUACAAUGUUCUCAGUGAACUGGAGAAGAUAUUUAACCUGCCAGUUCUGGAAGCACUGUUCAGCGAUGUCAAUUUGCAGGAAUACCCUGAUUUAAUUCACAUUUAUGAAAGUUUCAAAAAUGUAAUCCAAGACAAAUUGCCUCUCCGAGAAAGUGAUGGAGAAGAGAGGGAGGAGAGGCCUGGCGUCCAACUAAGUCUUGAACAAGGAACUGGUGAAAACUCUUUUCGAAGCCUGACUUGGCCCCGUUCGGGUUCCCCAUCUCACGAUGGUACAACCCCACCUGAAAAUGGACUCUCAGAGCACCCCUGUGAAACAGAAGAGAUAAAUGCAGAGAGAAAAGGUACAACCAGUGACAAAAAUGGUUCGCUAGGAAGCCAACAAACAAAUGAACAACGUGCCCAAAAGGCUGAGCCAACAGAGUCCUGUGAACAAGUCACUAUCCAAGUGAAUAAUGGGGAUGCUGGAAGGGAGACGCCCUGCCCAUUGCCCUGUGAUGAAGAAGGGGCAGAGCCACACAACCAUGGAAUCCAAAUUAAUUCCUGUUCUGUGCGACUGGUGGAUAUAAAAAAGGAAAAGCCAUAUUUUACUUCAAAUGCUGAAUGCCAAGCCCAGGCGUCUGACAUAAUAGUCAUCAGCAGUGAGGACUCUGAAGGAUCCACCGAUGUUGAUGAGCCCCCAGAAGUCUUCAUCUCACCACUGAGAAAUGAGCCUGUGAUCAAUAAUGACAACUCUUUAGAAUCAAAUGAGGAAAAGGAGGGCCAAGAAGCCACUUGCUCACGACCCCAGACUGUACCAGAGCCCACAGAUUACAGAAAAUCAUCUAUAUUCAGAGAAAUGUUUAGGAAAAGAGAAUAUUCUUCUGGCUUGGUUCCCUUAUCAUACGUUGAGACCUCCAAAGGACAUUUGCUCCUUUCUGCAGCGACAGGACAAGACUACAACUUUUCAGACUCCAGUGAGGAGGAGGCGCCCCCAGAAGUCUCAAGCAGGGCACUGAGAAGCAAGCAUGGUGAGAAGGAUCGUGUGACUUCUAGAAGUACAUCUACUUGGGGAAUACCCAACAGGAAGAGACGUUUCAGCAGCUGUGACUUUUCAGAGCUGAGUAAUGGAGAAGAACUUCAGGAAACCUGCAGCUCAUCCCUAAGACGUGGGUCAGGAUCAGAGCUACAAGGACCUGAAAAUGAGAAGUGCCGCUGUGUCAUGUGUUUUCCAAAAGGUGUGCCAAGAAGCCAAGAAGCAAGGACUGAAAGUGGUCAAGCAUCUGAUACGAUGGAUACCAUGGAUGUUGAAAACAAAUCUACUUUGGAAAAACACAGUGGGAAAAGAAGAAAAAAGAGAAAACAUAUAUUUAAAGCAAAUGGUCUCCAAAGAGGGAGAAAGAAACACAGACCUAGAAAACACUUAACUCGGAAUAACAAAGUCCCAAAGGAAAGACGGCAACCAAGAGGAAGAAAAACCAACAAUAGACCUUUGAAAAGAAGAAGAAAAAGAGGUCCAAGAAUUCCCAGAGAUGAAAAUAUUAAUUUUAAACAACUUGAACUUCCUGUGACCUGUGGUGAGGUGAAGGGCACUCUAUAUAAGAAGAAAUUCAAACAAGGAAUCUCAAAGAAGUGUAUACAGAGUGAGGAUGAAAGGUGGUUCACUCCCAGGGAAUUCGAAAUUGAAGGAGGCCGCAAAGCAUCCAAGAACUGGAAGCUAAGUAUACGCUGCGGUGGAUACACCCUGAAGUUCCUGAUGGAGAAAGGAUUUCUGCCAGAACCAUCAAGCACAAGAAAAAAGAGAAUACUGGAGUCUCACAACAAUACCUUAGUUGACCCUUAUAGUCACCUCCAAAGAAGUUUCAGGGUAUUCAUGGGCAAGAGAUCAUCAGUUUUUAUGAAGCCUGCCAGCUGAGCAAAAAGUUCACAGUGUGGGGAUUUUCCUGUGAGACUGCUCCAUGUUGUGGGGGGUAUGCCCUGACACCUCUGCUUUUUUGGGUUUCCUAGAAACCACUUGGUUGUAGACAGAGAAGUUUUCUUAACUUCAGAGCAAGAGUGCCCUCCUUCAUGCACUCAAAAAGGAGAAAGCUAAGGAAAGGUUGUCCCAUUCAAAACCUUGAGAGAAACAAUUCACAGAGCUCCUAUUUUAUGCUACCCUAGGAUUCAACAAAAACUCCUGUCUAGUCAAGGAGAAAACCAGCUUCAAAAAACCAGAACUUCCACCAUGAUGAGAAGUUCAUUUAUUUUGGGAGGAACUCGUCUGCAACACCCAGCCAGGGCAUCCAAGUUCAGGAACACAAUGUGUUAUGUGUUCAUUACCAGUACCUGCACAAAGGUCGGAAGCCACUCUACGUGGUCCAGGGAAGUCACUCCAAAAUUCUGCCAACUACACCAGAAUGUUGACCAAAAUUAAGCCUGUUGAGAAAGAAAUCAUUUGAAAAUGGUUUAUUGAAAGCCAAAUGUGAGGAUCAAUCCAAGAAAACACACCAACAAAGUUGAGAGUGUUCCAGAGUCUGUUACAAGUUGGAAUGAUUUUAUAGGUAGAGUCAGGAGAAGGAAGAGGGACUCCUCACACCAGAAUUGUCCUUUCUCAUUGAAGGAUACAAUAGAGAGGUUACAAUCAUUGGAUACAGAUUGCAACAUACAGGCUCAAAUGUCUUCAUGCAAGACAAUCAGUAAAAUUUUAUGAUUCAGAAAUAAGUCAGCACCCUUUUCAGGGUCAGUGAGGUAUGCAUUAAUCAGUGUGUCAACAACUUGAGGAUCUCAUCAUGAGAUUCAGGAACAGGAUUUCACCAUGAAUCACAAGACCUUCCCAAGGUAGAUUCAUCUGGAAGCCUGUUUACUUUUAAAUUAAAAUGUCAAAAGUGGCCUGUAGGUUUUCGCUAUCCUUUCUCGGCUUGCCAUGUGGAUGCAGAGAAAAGGGGGUCAGCCAUACUUGAAACUUACCCAAUUGUCCCAUAGAACUGAUGUUUAUAGUUUCUUUUGAAUAAACGUGAAACUU